AUAUAAAAGGAGAUCUGACAGGCUUGUCAUAACAUCAAAUUUCAAAACUCAAUAAAAUACACAACAAAAGUACUAUACGAUAGCUAUGAAGUCGUUAGAUUUCGCCGUUGUCAUAGUGGCUUCCACCACCAUGACCGCCAUGGCACUACCCACAGGUUUCGAUUUCACUAUCGGAGACGUGGCAGUUAAACCUCAAUCAAGCGAUGCGUACGAGUGCUCUGAUGACGAGUCUGUCUGCGACAUCUGUGAGUGUGUAGACCCAGAAGAACACAAGUGUGAUGAAUUUUUGUGCACCAUGUACUGUGAAGACGGAUUCAAAAAGGACAAGCAUGACUGCGACAUCUGCGAAUGUGAGGAACACAAGUGUGAUGAGGUUGUGUGCACCAUGUUCUGCGAGGACAGAUUCAAGAAAGACGAGCAUGACUGUGACAUCUGCGAAUGUGAGGAACACGUGUGUGACGAUAAGGAGUGCAAGAUGAACUGCGAGUCUGGAUUCAAGAGGGACGAGUACGACUGCGAGAUUUGCGAAUGCGAGGAGCACAAGUGUGAUGAGGUUGUGUGCACCAUGUUCUGCGAGGACGGAUUCAAGAAGGAUGACCAUGACUGUGGCAUUUGCGAAUGUGAGGAGCACAAGUGUGAUGAGGUUAUGUGCACCAUGUUUAGCGAGGACGGAUUCAAGAAAGACGAGCAUGACUGUGACAUUUGCGAAUGUGAGGAAUACGUGUGUGAAGAUAAGGAGUGCAAGAUGAACUACGAGUCUGGAUUCAAGAGGGACGAGUACGACUGCGAGAUUUGUGAAUGCGAGGAGCACAAAUGUGAUGAGGUUGUGUGCAACAUGUUAUGCGAGGAUGGAUACAAGAAAGACGAGUAUGAUUGCGACAUCUGUAAAUGUGAGAAACACAAAUGUGAUGAGAUGUUCUGCGAGACAAACGAGGAGGCUAAAUGCUUGGACGCUCCAGACUUCUGUGCCGAAGGGUGCAGUAAGUACUUCGAUGGUUGCAACACCUGCACGUGUGGCGAUGGUGCUGAGGCUGCGUGCACAGCAAUGUUCUGCGCCACAGAGGGGGUACCCAAGUUGGACAAUGACGUCACUGCUGCUCUGGAAGAAUGA